AAAGAUAGUGCGAGACAGGGUCACGUGGUUUAUCUAUCAUGCAUUUGUUCAGUUCAAUCUGAGCGUUUGAUCAAUUCGUUUGCUAGUUUUCGUUUACUUGUUUUUUUUUUCCCCCCUUAAAAAUAAUCUAUUUCGAAAUAUAAGAAAAAAAUAUUUUCGAAUGAUCUUUCAUUGUAACGGUGAAGAUAGAUCAUUACAGUGCUUAUUUCUAACGGAACAUGUAUACCGUAUCUAAAGGGCCUAGUAAGAUUGUAGCGAAGACUCGUAGAGGAAUCAGUCAGAAUCUAGAGAGAUUAGAAACUCUACGUGAUCUAACGAGAAAGGCAGUUCCUGAAACUGAUCACGAAACCACCCGUCAUGUGCCAAAGCCAGUCUUUCACAUCAAUGGGAAGUCAAAGUUCAACUCACAGAGGCAUCAGAUGCAAGAAGUUAUAACACCACAGCAUGAAGAACUUAUUAAAUUUGUUUAUGAAUCAUGGAACCAAGUUAACACAAGACAAAGAAGUGAAUCCUUGGACGGAUCAGACUGCUCAGAGCCUUCCAGUCCGAGUUCUAUAGUAUAUUAUAAUGAUGGAGAACCAAAUGAUAUUCUUCAAGAUUUUAAACCUUUUGACCUAGAAUCUUGGUGGGGUAAACGGUUAUUCAAUAACAUCACAAAUUCGCUCUGAAAUACCAGAAGAUCGAAGAAUAUUCCAUAUUGAAGAAUUUAUUGGAAGUAGUAUGGCCAAUACUAGCCAGUGCAACAAAUAAUUAGCAAGAAUUACGUUUUAAAGACAAUUUAAUCAUGGAUGGAUCUGAACUUUAAACAGUGUUAAGCUAUUAUUGAGACAUUAAAAUGGACUCAAUUGAUUAAGUUCUGUGUAAUAAAAUUUUCCACCAUUACAAUUUCAUUGGCAUCGUAUUUUAGCAGGCCAGUCGUAAUACGUAAUGCAAUUUUGCACGAAAUAAUAUAGAAAUGAUAUUCUACCAAGUGCUUCAAAAAAAUAUUAGAUUUUUACUCAAUAAAAAGAAAUAAAUAAGUGCUAUCCAAUAUAAAAAGGCACUAAUUCUUGAUCAUUCAUUGUGUUAAUAGUAUAUGCAUUUGUUUACCAAUUAUAUUAUUACGAAAUAUUAUAUUAUAUAUAUAUCAUAAUGACGUAUAAAAGGAUGAACACAUGAUAUCAUUGCAUACAUAUUACAAUUUGCACAAUUUUAAUAAAAACUGUGCUUUGAGAACGUGCAAAGUUCUUUUUAACUAAAAAAAAGAGUUGCAGUCUGAGUAGACAAUAACUAAACUGUAAUGCAAUGCAAGAUGCAGUUAUUCACUUUGUUAUCAAGAAAUAUUAAAUUUCCUUUAGGCUUUUAAUACAUGAUUAAAACUGAAAAUGCGAUUAACAACUGCAUACCAAAUAGGGCUAAAUAAUUAUGUGUAAAUGAACCCUGCGUGGUAUGAAUGUUGCAUGGAAACAACAAAGUUAACCAUAGAAUUGUACAUAUUAUGUGCAUUAAAUUGAAUGAGUGCAUGGUAAUGUUGCUGAUAUUGUUACAAGGUCUAUAUUUGAAUAUCUUUAUGUAAGCAACGAUUUAGUAUAACUUUGUAGACUGAUACUAUUAAGGUUGUCAUAUUAUCAUUGGAAAGACAAAAUUUGUCGCUAAUAGAUCCAUUUGCAAGCUAUGCUUUAAAAAUUUCCAAAUUGCAUCAAGUCUGCUCGUAUCUGCUCAAAUUUUGUAUGUCAUUGAACGUAUAUAUUAUUAUUUAAAAAAGUCAAUUAGGAGAAACCUUUUGAGGGCUAAAGAAUUUAUAGUAAAGCACAGUUUGCAAACGUAGUCAAAAUGUAGUGCAAUAUAUUUGGCCACAUGUGGGCUGAAUACCAUUAUUAUAAAAAAUAAAUAUGGCUUUAUACAUAAAAUAA